GACACAUACGGACUUAUCAUCAUGACAUCGCCUUUCUUGCUGGCCGUGUUCUCGCUGACAAGCGCAUUUCUGGUGUCCGCCCAGUUUGAGUCCGAUCAGACAUCGCAAUCCCCGGGUUUACCACACUGGGCCAUCGGUGUCAUCGCAGGUCUUGUGAUAGUUGGGAUCAUCCUGUUCGCCAUCAUACUCCUCAGAAACGAAUGCUUCACGGGCUCUGGGAUCCGCCCGACUCUUCGUUGGGGUCGUUGGUCAAAAUUCGAUCGCAGGGACGAGACGGACGGGCAGGUCGCCCCAAAGAACAGACAGAACGGAAGGUAUCAGAGCUCGCCGACAACCUCUCGCCGUCUUAGUACGACUUCUUCUCGCGGUCCGACUACCACAUCCUUCUUCCAUCGUCUCACAUCUACUGCUGCCGUGGUUUUUACCUCUACAAUGAAGUUCGCUGCUUCACCAACCUCCGUACACAGCUUGUCGAACACGUCUGGCCAUCCAACCACCCCAUCCUCUCAUCCCGUCACGUCUGCUGCGGCAAGAGUCAUGACGUCCACCAUCAAAUCCUAUGUAACAGUUAAAGUUACUCCUAACACCACAACUUCCGCUGCUCAUCGUCUCUCAGCCAGCCAGUAG